CUGCAUUCCUCCAGUGGCCAGUGCUGCUCGGGCUCCGGCUCCGCAGGAGGGAAAGUGCUCUUGGAAGUGCUGCAGAGGUGCCUGACCCCGGCCAUGCUGGCCCSGCUGUGCUGCUGCCUGCUCCUGGCGGCCCGUCUCUCGGACACCUGGAAUGUCCCCGAGUCCGCGGGGCCCGGCUCCGAAGUGGCAGAGCAGAUCCGCGACAUGUACGCCAAAGUGCUGGAGAUCUGGCAGGAGGUCGCGCAGCGGCGGCCGGCGGCCGGCGGGCCAGACGCGGCGCUCCACGCCGUCUGCCGGGUGCAGCCGUCCGCCUCGCUGGACGCCGCGCAGCCGCGGGUGAGCGGCCUGGUCCUCUUCCGGCAGCCGGCGCCGGGAGCCAAGCUCGAGGCCUUCUUCGACCUGGAGGGCUUCCCGGCCGAGCCCAACAGCUCCAGCCGCGCCAUCCACGUGCACCAGUUCGGGGACCUGAGCCAGGGCUGCGAGUCCACCGGGCCGCACUACAACCCGCUGGGGGCGCCGCACCCGCGGCACCCGGGCGACUUCGGCAACUUCGCCGUGCGCGACGGCCGCCUCUGGAAGUACCGCGCCGGCCUGGCCGCCUCGCUCGCCGGCCCGCACUCCAUCAUGGGUCGCGCCGUGGUGGUCCACGCCGGCGAGGACGACCUGGGCCGCGGCGGCAACCAGGCCAGCGUGGAGAACGGCAACGCCGGCCGCCGGCUCGCCUGCUGCGUGGUGGGCGCCAGCGGCCCCGCGCCCUGGGCGCGCCUGGCGCAGGAGCACGCGGAGCGCAGGAAGCGGCGGCGCGAAAGCGAGUGCAAGGCCGACUGAGCGCCACCCAGUCCCCUGUGUCCCCAGCCAAGGCCCGUCACCUUGCUGCCCCUCACCUGACACACCCCAGAGCCCCCCACGCCCAGGCCCCCGGGUACUGGAGAGCUCCCUCCGCCCCUUAGACACCCUGUAUACCCCAGGACCCUUCACACGGAGACACCUCCACGGACCCCAGACCUCUCUGCUCCGGAGACGCCCCCACGUUCACUGAGAACCCCUCUGUGUCCAUAGAAAAGUCCAUCGCCCUAGAUACCCCUCUGCCUCUGAGUCCCUCUGCGUCCAGGGACACCCUAUACCCUGAAGUAUCCUCCAUGAGUGCAAGAGGGCCACACACGAUCUCUGAGCCGCUGCCCUCCAAUAUCUCUGUGUUCCCUGCACACACCCCUCCCCUGCACCCCAAGGCGCAUUGAAAUACGCCAUCCACUGGAGUCCCUUCUCCUGUGGUCACUUUCCUCCCUGACCUUCAGCCCCCACCUACUGCCUAAGACCCCUCUCUGUCCUGAGGACCUUCUCCUCCCCACUUUUCUUUAUUCCUAGGCCCUCUGAGAGUCCUCUAAGGCUUCCUUGGGCCCUUCUCUCCUGCUCACAACCCCCGUGCAGUGCCGCCCUGUUAGGUCUCUGGCCUCCGCCUUCUGCUGUCUCCCAGACAGCCCGAGAGCGCUGCUCUUUGGGGGGAUGUUUAGCGAUUUUGUGUUGCACAUUAAAAAUGCAG